AUGGUAAUUGACUUGUAUUUUGUGGGUCCGAGCCCUCCCUGUCGGGCCGUAAUGAUGGCCGCAAAGCAUCUCAAUAUUGAACUCAACCCUAAUUUUGUUGAUCUAAUGAAAGGCGAACAAAAGGAAGAGUGGUUUUUAAAACUCAAUCCUCAACACUGUUUGCCUACCAUUUGUGACAACGGAUAUGUCUUAUGGGAAAGUCGCGCUAUAAUGACUUAUUUGGCCAACAAAUACGCCCCCAAUUCAAGCCUAUAUCCGAGUGAUCCGGAAAAGAGGGCAGUCGUGGACCGUAUAUUGCAAUGGGAUUUGGGAACUAUAUAUCGAAAUAUCGGCGAAUUCUUGGCCCCAAUCAUGAGAGACGGCAAGAAUGCCAAUGAUUUGGAUCCCGAAAAGGGAAAGAGAAUCAAAGAAGCGCUUCAGAUAUUGAAUGACUCGCUGGCAGUGCAGAGGUUUGUGGCCGGGAAUGAGAUCACUUUAGCUGAUCUCUCGGUUCUGGCGAGUCUUUCAUUGGCAGAAGUGUUUGAUUACGAUAUGAUCAGUACCUAUGAUAAUGUGAAGGAAUGGAGUGAUCGACUCAAACGAGAUCUGCCUUAUUAUGAAGAGAUCAACAAAGAGCCGAUCACUCUCUUCAAGGCUUAUGUCAAGUCGAGGGCCGACCAGAACACCAAUAGCCAGUGAAAUGGUUGCAAACAAUGUCCAAAAGCAUUGUCUAAAAGUUAUUUUAUUAUAUUUAUAAAUCUUAUGACAAAUAAUUAAUUCUAAGUUCAAAUAAUGAUGUCUCAACCACACCAUCAUACCAAUAUCUGAUCC